AUGGCUGCUCCGGCGGUGGUGAGAAGCUCCGGCCCGGCGCUCUGCCCGAGCUUCGCGGAGGUCUGUUCGUUCCUGGAGCGAUACGGAGCGGCGCUGGAUCUGCCCGAGAUGACUUUCCCGCAGAUGGAGAGGUAUUUGCGGGACACGACGACAGUUCCUAAACCCCUCGUGGACCUCCACGUGAAGCUGCUCAGAAAACUGGGGAGGUCUGUGACAACCGACCGCUGGGAAAAAUACCUGGCCAAGGUUUGUCAGGAGUUGAACAGUACUUGGGCAUGGGAACUGGAACAGAAGGGCUACCAGGAGAUGUCCAUGGAGUGCAAGUCGAGCAUCCUCAAAUAUCUCUGCGAGUGUCAGUUUGAUGACAACCUCAAGUUCAAGAUGGCGAUCAAUGAGGAGGACCCAGAGAAGAUGCGCCUGCAGCCUAUAGGCCGCGACCGGCAGGGUCUGAUGUACUGGCUUCAGCUGGACCAGGAGCAGAACAUCCGGCUGUACACGGAGGAACAGGACGAUCUGGACGGAUCCACCUGGAAGUGCAUCGUCAGGACUCGUAACGACCUGGCCGAGGCUCUGGAGCUGUUGAAGGCUCAGAUUGAGCCGAACCAGAAUCAGGACCCAGAUCAGAACCAGGCUGGAUCCAGGAGCUCCAGCCCCACAGAGAAAGAUGCAGGGGAUGAGGCCAUAAGAAGCACUAAGCCCGAACCCCCCAAGACCACAGAGGAACCUGCUGAGAGUAAGAAGGUUGAGCCUGUAAAGGAAGAGAAGCCCUCGAGACAAGUGGUAAAGCAGGAGCAGACGCAGGUGGUCAAACAGGAAAACACUGAUGCUGAGGUAAAAGAAGACAAGACGGACCAUAAACCCCCUGUGUUCGAUAACCGCGUGAGCACGAUCACAACCAUCGUCAAAUCAGAAUCCAGGGACGCAGACACCCCCAAAAACGCGGUGUCGGUCGUCAUGGCACCAGGUGCGGCUGUGACAAAGCAAGAGGUGAACAAGGAAGAAGAAGCAGGGCGUGCAGUCGUCCGGAGCAACCAGCAGGCCAAGAUACCACUGAAGAAGAGGGAGCUUAAGCUUUCCGAGAGCUACCACAGCAACCACCUCAACAACAACAACAGCAGCAGCAGCAGUAUUAUUGUUUGUAACCCCUCAGUGAUCCAGAGCAAGGACAACCAUGGAAGAGAAGGGAAGUUACUGAACUCAUUAGCGCCUCCUAGUGGCCCAGCUGUCCCGCAGCAGCAGCAGCUCGUGGUCACUGCCUCGAGGCAAGAACUGACCAACGGGAGAGCGUCUCUCCUCCUUCCUCACAAAGAAGGACAAAAUGGAGUCAUAGGGGUCAUAGGUCAAGUUGGGGUUGUAGGUCAUGUAGGGGUCAUCCGCAGCCCAUCUGAGCGUCACAGAGCCCCGGGUGCUGAGCAACAGGAACAAAAUGGGCCAACUUUAGAUCAGUGGGGCUCCACAGCUGUGGAGGAGGAGAGGGAGGUGAGCCGGCAGUCAGUGCUGGUAAGGAAGGGGCCUGUGGAAGGGGACACAGCAGCAGCCUUCGCUCUUCCUCCUUAUGCAGCGAAGGAGGCUCAAACAGCCGCAAAGCUACUGUCAUCCUCCAGAUCUGAUCAACCCCCUGAAGCUGCAGAGAGAAAAGUGGACUCCGUCAGCAAUUCUUCGCUGUCUCAGUCCACAGAGGAACCCAAGAGACAGACGGCGGAAGACCUGGGUAAAAAAAUGACAGAGGAACAGUUAGAUAAGGAGACAAAAACUGGGCACGGCAGUUGUCAACAGAAGGAUGACGACGUGGACCAGUGGGAGGGGAGGGGAAGAGAAGCGGCUGGGCGCCCUGUGGCAGAAGAAGGAAGUAAGGAUGUCCACGAAAAGAAUAAAAGCACUUUAGGAAAGGUGGAAUCGGGGGGAACUGUUCCACCUCUGAAAGUAGACCAGAAAGAUGAAAAAGACCACCUGGACCAUCAGGGAGAUGGGGUCAAUGGUGGGCUGGCAUCCCAGGUUACGGUGAAGGACAUCGGGCUUAGAUCAGAGGAGAGGCAGGGUCCCCUGGAGGAAGCCUCCUCCGAGCUCCAGAAAGAAGGAAUCAGGCUGAAGAUAAAGAUUCCUCCACACAGGAGAAACAAGUUAAGGGGGAAAGGGGAAAAGGAGGAGGAGAAAGAGAGGGAGCAGGUGGAGCAAGAGGAAGGGAGGCCGCUGAGGAGAUCUGCAAGGAUUUGCAGAUCAUCUGCUUUGCCAACCUGCAGGCCGAGCACAAAGGCGGCUGAGAGCCAGAGAAAGAAACCGCAAAGAAAACAGGCACAGCCGCCCAGAACGAGGGAGGAGGAGGAAGAGGAGGACGAAGAAGAGGAAGAAGACGAGGAGUUGCAGAGCUCAACCACAAAGAAAGACAGAAAAGUAGAACCUGUUGGGCAGUUUAGAAAAAGAAGGGGUAAACGGAGGCAUCGACGUCCCCGAUGGUCCAACAUUCGCUCAAAGAGACGUAAACUGAACGAGGGAGGGGAGGCGGAGGACAGACGGAGGAAACAGGGAGAGGAGGAGAGCGAAGGAGGAAGCGACUCAGAGGAAUCAUGUAAAGAUUCAGAGGAGAUCCCCAGUGAAGACGCCUGCACUCACUGUGGCCUGCCCAACCACCCUGAGCUGAUCCUGCUGUGUGACUCCUGUGACAGUGGAUACCACACUGCCUGUCUGCGUCCUCCACUCAUGUUGAUUCCAGAUGGAGAGUGGUUCUGUCCACCAUGCCAACAUAAGCUGUUGUGUGAGAAACUGGAGGAGCAGCUGCAGAAUCUGGACAGUGCUCUUAAGAAAAAAGAGAGAGCAGAGAGGAGGAGGGAGCGGCUGGUCUAUGUGGGAAUCAGUGUGGAGAACAUCAUUCCUGAGGGAGAUGAGGAGGAGGAGGAGGAGAAAUCGGCAAAGAAGAAAGAUUCCAAAAAGAGUAAAAAUCUGGGGAGGAGAUCAACCAGAACCAGGAAACACAUCAGCUACAGGUUCGAUGACUUUGACGAUGCCAUCGAUGAGGCUAUAGAGGAGGACAUCAGAGACCUCUGUGGUGGAACAGGGCAGGGCAGGGACAUCACUGCCAUCCUGUCAGAGGACGGGAAGGAGAGCCAGCAGCCAAUCAGAAGCCAGGCUCAUUCUGCCAGGAACAGGAAGAAGCGGAGACUGAACGACCUCGAGAGCGACAGCACGGCAGCAGAGAGCGAAGACGAGUUCAUGAUCAGCAACAGCUCAGAGGAUGAAGAUUUCGGUGCAUCAGGGGCAGAGGAUGAUGAGGAGGAAGAUGAAGAUGCAGGCAGCGAAGUGGGGAGCUGGGACAGCGGGACCCGACCCAGACGGUCUCUGAGAGGGGUGCCUAAACACCGACCCAGCAAGACCCAGUGCAGGGGCAGGAAACGGCUGAGACGGCAGCAGAGACGCUUGUCUGAGGAAGAGGAGGAAGAAAGUGAGGAAGAAAUGGACUCGGAUCAGUUCAGCGGCAUGACUGACAGUGACACUGACAAAAAGAGGCGGGGUCUGAGGCGGGGCCAGCACCAACAGGUCAACUACCGUGAGACGUCCGAGUCGUCAGACAACUCCCGGGCCUCCGCCAACAGGGACGUGGUUAAACCCCGCGGCAGACCACGCAAGGAGCAUCUGUCGAGCGACUACAGCGACGUGUCGCCUUCUUCCAGAGACUCGGAGGAAGAGGAUGAUUAUGAAGACGAAGAGGAAGAUGACCAGAGGAGGAGCGUGAACAGGAGAAGAAGAGAGGAGGAAGACUUCCGGAGAAAAAGGAUGAGAGAAAAGCACAGGAGAUACGAAGAUGACGAAGAUGAAGAGGACGACAGAGAGAGAGGGAGGAAAAGGAAGCUAUUAGAGAAAGAGAUUAAAGACAAGCGGAGGAGGUUAAAGAGGACAGACAGAGAAGAGGAGGACCUGGAGAAGAUGGGCAGGGGAAAGAGGAGAGAGAUACUGUCACAGCAGCGCCGCAAACGGCUCGCUCAGAUGCUGAAGAAACGGCGACCCUCGACAGACGACGAGGAUGAGGACGAGGAGGAGUCAGAGGAAUCAGAGUCCUCAUCGGAAGAGGAUCGUCCAGUCCGCAAAAGACUCAACCGCAUCGAUUCCGAUGACGAUGAAGACGAGGACGAUGGGGGGAGACAGAAGAUGACGACCAAAAGGUCAUUAGCGGUAGAGAGGAGGGCUGACAGCGAUGCUCAGGAAAAGGGAAGGGGCCGUAGCCUGUCUCCGCCAAUCAGACAAUGGACCCCCAGGGGCCCGGCGAAGCCUGAGGCUGGAAGUCCCGCCAUGCCCAGGGACAGUGCAGGAUCAGGCAGACAGGGCAGGCACAAUGGCCCCUUCCAUCCAGAAGAGGAGGAAGAACGUAACGGGCAGCAGGCCGGACCAAAAGCAUCCGCACAGCAGGGACCGGCAGCACCUCGCCUGCCAGCAGACGCACUCACACACAGCCGGAGGUUUUCCUGACCAUUUCCCUGAACUCCUGAGUUACGGACAUUUUUCUGGUGGGUCCAUGUGACAGGAUGACAGCGGUUCCAUCCCAUUUGGUCCCAACUGGGCACACAAGUCUGUUUGUAGUGUACCUCAUCCUAAAACACUUCAUCGUUCUCAUAGCACUUAAUAACCUGCCGCCAAGGAGAGUGUCAGUGUCGAACCGAACACUUUGGAACAGGCGAGCCGAUCGAUAGAGACCAGGCUCGAUCCACACGACCAAACCAUCACCGACAAACCGACAAAACCAUCAUUGACCAAACCAUCACCGACAAACCGACAAAACCAUCAUUGACCAAACCAUCACCGACAAACCGACAAACCGACAAAACAUCACCGACAAACCGACAAAACCAUCACCGGCCAAACCAUCACCGACCAAACCAUCACCGACAAACCGACAAAACCAUCACUGACCAAACCAUCACCGACAAACCGACAAAACCAUCACCGACAAACCAUCACUGACCAAACCAUCACCGACAAACCGACAAAACCAUCACCAACCAAACCAUCACCGACAAACCGACAAAACCAUCACUGACCAAACCAUCACCGACAAAACCAUCUCCGACAAACCGACAAAACCAUCACUGACCAAACCAUCACCGACAAACCGACAAAACCAUCACCGACAAAACCAUCACCGACAAAACCAUCUCCGACAAACCGACAAAACCAUCACUGACCAAACCAUCACCGACAAACCGACAAAACCAUCACCGACAAAACCAUCACCGACAAAACCAUCACCGACAAAACCAUCACC